AAAUAACCAAGGUGCUGUGUAAACAAGAUGCAUGUAUUUUUGACGCAGGACGAAAGCGAAGAAAAUUAGGAACACUGAUCUUAGCCUGUGUAUUCGCUACAUAAUGUUAAUUUACGUCACCAGUGAGUCUUUCCCAAACAAAACUUUUGUGUCACUUGUAAGUGCUGGAGAUAAGAUUGCACGAGUCCGUGCUCAGAUGCUACACAUCCUCAACAAUAUAGGCCGCAUUGAUUACCAGUUUAGACUGUAUUACAAAUCCCAGUUUCUGCAAGAUGCCUUCACCCUGUCAGACUAUAACAUCUCGGACAAGGCUGUUGUUAACAUGAUCUCUAUGGCAGGGAAAAAUGAGUCAGUGGUAGCUGAUCCAGGCUCUCACAGCAGCCUGGGAUCAGCAGAGGACUUAGGACGUGGACAGCCAGAGGGCAUCAUUGAUGCUCUACAGAAGGAAAUCAACAUCUUCAGGAGACGAGAGCGAUUGGUGAUGGAUUUCAGAACCUUGUUACAGCUUCAUGCUCUAGCAUCCUUUCUGUCUGUGUUCACCGAUUACUGGUACUCUGUAUUUUGGAUUGUACCCCUUGAUCUGCUUGGCAUUUUCUAUGCCCCUCAGUACACUCAGGUGUCUGGUUUUGUUGGCAGCACUGAACUUCAGAGAAAGGUUUUCUGUGUCGUCUAUGGUGUUUACGGGCUUCUCAACCUUGGAGCAGCUGUCACACUGGCCAGUAUACACUGGAUUUCCAUUCAGAACAAUGGUUGUCCAGAAUGGGAGGCCACAGGGCACUGCUCAACAAAGACUAUUUUCACAGCUGUCUUUUUCACACUGUGGGCUGUGGUUUUGGUAUUAUCUGACAUAAUAAUAUGGGUUCUCCUUUGGAAUUUCAAGUUCAGGAACGGAGACCUUGUGGAAAAAUAUUUGGUUCAAGAACGCGACAUAGAGAAAGUGAUGCAUGCAGCAAAGUUUGGCAAGCUGAGAGAGAAGCGUACAGCGGCAUACGAGUUAGCGGGCAUGGCGGCGUCUGGUGAUGAUAACAAAUUCCGGAUCGUGGCAGAGGGCGGUUUGGACGUUCUCAACUCUAUGGCAUUGGGACAUGACCAGACGAUUCAAGAGCAUGCCAUUGAGGCUUUGUCAGAACUUCUGACCAUUCCCUCAAUACAGGAUGCAUUUGUGGAGACGGGUGGUGUUCGUACUCUGACUGCUCUUCUCCACUCCCCCCACCCUCGUGUCUCACAGGAGGCUGCCAUGGCUCUCUACGUCGUCGUGUCAGACUCUGAGGAGAACAAAGGCGCAGUUAUUGCAGAACACGGACUAGAAGAUUUGGCUCAUGCAGCCUAUCACGGAUCACUGUCCUGUCAGAGGAUGGUGGCCAGUAUUUACCUGGAGUUGGCUUUUAAUUCUGAAAUACGUGUAGCCAUGGCAGCUAGAAAUAUCCCUGUUCAAGCCUUGAUACAUCUUUGUAAGGGUAAAGACCCCAUGACCCUGAGGUUUUCACUCCAGACCUUAGAGCUUCUGGCCAUAGAGAGUCCAGAACUGAUCUAUGCUCAGGAAGAACUUUUGGAGCUACUGAUUUGUCUCCCCUUAGUAACAGUAGAAGAGAGGUUGUAUCUGUUAGCGGGUAAAAUACUUCUAUAUUAUGCUGAAAACCCAGAGACCUGUGAGAAGAUGCUUGACCAGGAGAAGCUGAGGGAAUGUUUGAGCACGUUUGCUAGGAGUGAAAACCCGAUCUUACAGAAGGUCAUUGCCAAGGUCAUUUUCUGUACCCUGGAUAAGAAACACACCAAACUGCAGGCGCGAGAGUUAAAAUUGGAUGAGAUUUUGACGGCGAUCAAAGCAAAUCCUGCUGACAGGGAAUGCUGGGAUAUGGCAGAUCAAGGGCUGCAAGUAAUGAACUCUGAAGAUGAAGGCCUUGUGAACCUUCCUUCCCUCUCAACGCUAGAGAAGGUUAAAAGAAUGGGAGAGAACUCUCGCUCGUUUGGUUCUCGUACUUCUCUCCAGUCCGGCGGGAGUGGUAGUUCUCUUAGCUCUACCUCUAAUGUUAAAAAAGAACAGUGAACUGCAAACAACUACAUGUAGGUGGUGUCAUUACUCCUAAGCCGUUUCCAGUUUGUAUUCCCUCAUUCCUUGUGUCGUAUUACUACUUUAUCUACAGAAAUGCUUCACUCAUUUGAUAAAUGUUUACCACCUUUUGUGGUUUAACGUAUACCAGCAAAACAGAAGCCUGUUGAAAGAUUGCAGAAGAUGUACAGCAUAAAGAGUAAACCUAGAGCAGGGAUGACGUUGUGAUAGUUGGCAAAUGGUAACAGUUAAGUGGUGAAGUACGGCCUGCUGUCAUUUUAUCUUAAUUACAUGAAGGGUUUUUUAACAACUCAUGUAAAUGCUUUGGGAGCAGAAAUUUACAUGCCCUUUAGCACCUUAGCUUAAACAGAAUUAGGUGAAAAAAAUGCAGUGAUGUUAAUUGCAAUAUAUUAGACAUCACUGGUUUAGAAUGACUCAAACUGCUACGUUAUCACAUCACAAUCACAUCACCUUAAAGUUCAUAUGACCCUUUUGUGAUACAUUUACAUUGGUUUUCUUUUCGUCAGUACUGUAUUUGACAUAUUUGAAGAAUUGCCUCUCUUCAGAUCUUGCUAUGGGAACGGUCCUUUGUAUUUGUUAUCCAAAUUCUGAUAUUUGCCAAAUGGGCAGAUCUAUCCAUGAGUUGUUUGAGCUACACAUAAUUGUUGCAGUGUACCAAUUAAGUAUUUUAAAUGUGAUAUAAAAAGCUUUUUCUAACUUUUUAAUAUUUUAAAUGAUUUGUAUGACAGGAUCUUGUGCAAUCUUGAAUAACUGUAUGGUUUGUUGAAAACAUUUGAAUGAAUGCAUGAAUGCAAAGAGGUUAUUUUCAAGUGAGGUACAUAAAUUUUACAAUUUUAGAGUUUCCAUUGAAAUAAUUUGGAUCCUUUGAAUGCCUUUUCCAUAUUUUGGCUAAGUUAUAAAGUUGGUAUUAAAGUAUAUAUAUUAACAUUAAGUUGUCCAUUUUGGCUUGGAUCUAACGAAAACCGAAAAAUUGCAGUGGAAGGUUUCCCAUUACACGUCAGAUUAUUUCAUCUGUAUUUGUGGGUCUUCUGCUCAACCCACAUGUGUGUAGUGGAUACAGAGCUACACAUCACAUGUCCUUGUAUAAUAUACAUAUACAUAAACCAAGAGUUGAAGUUUAAGAAGUUGACUAUUUUUAACAUUACAUUUUUCUAUCAGUUUUUUUUCAUACCCAUAGACUUUAAUGUAUGGUCAUUUUUUUAUAACAGUAUUUCCGUUUGAAGAUGCAAUUUUAUUGAAUGUGAUUUGCUAAAUUACCUAUUUAGUCCCAUGAACUUUUUAAAAAUUUUUUUCAAUAAGAAAAAAGCACUUACACUGUACAAGAGGAUUUGUUUAUAGGUUUUUACUAUUGCUGCUUUUUGAAGAGUUGUUUUAUACAUUUAUUGUAAGCUAUUGUGAUAUACAAUUGUGAUAUAUGCUAAGCUUUUACCAUUGAUAAUAUAAUGUGGAAUGAUUUUUGUCUUUUAUUUCAUACAUAACAUUGUUAACAUGUUCUGAUAUUUUUAUAAUAUUAGUCAACAAUAAAUGGUGAACCAUGCUAACUUGUGUUACACAACAAAUAAAACACCAUUAAGUGGUUUCAACUUGGUGAGAAUUAUUUUUUGUAUUUGAAUUGGGUUGAAGGCUGUAUCAGAAACAUUUGAGCUGCAGUAAGCAGCUCUAGACUUAGAUUUUGUAGCAAAGCUACCAAAGAGCUGGCCUGUAGAAUACACAUGAAUGCAAAACUUCAGCUCAAUACAUAAAGUACUAAAAUCAUGAAACUGGUAAUUUACAAAAUUAAUGUGUACAGAGCAUCAGCAAUGGAACAUCCACAUUGUGUCAUUGUGCUUCAUACGCAGGUAAAACUUUAGGUCAAUACAUGCUUUAAUGUUUUAGAUACCACCCCUAACAUUUUUUUAACUUUGAUUUUAAAACACAACAGACAAGUCAGAACUUUGGUAAUUUACGGUUUUUAAUAUGUACACACUGUAUGAAUGAUGGAUUACCCUCCUCGUGUUACUGUGCUGUACAUGUGUGCAAUCCUUGAGCUCAA